CAACCUAGAUGUACAUGGUUACUUGGAAGUCCCAUUGACACAGUGGAACUUUGUUGGAAAUGAUUUGCUGCAUGGAAGGUUGGAAGGGAAUGUACAGAUUGGGAUCAACCUUGAUUUGACUUCUGCCUUUAUUUAAAGCACAAGCAUAUAAACAAAAUCUGAGGCUGCAAAUCCUAUGCCCUCUUACCUGAAAAAAUGACCAUUUUAUUAUGGAAGAGUUUCCGUCGAAUUACUAAUGGCAGGUUGUUGCCACAAAGAACAAUGUCUCUUUAUAGCAGUAACCAUGGAUUUCAGGAGGAUGAAAUAAAGAAAAAACUUAAGCAGUUCAGUGGUGGAUCUGUCGAGCUUUCUAAAGAAGAUGAUGGCAUUGGGACGCUUACACUGAACAACCCAAAGUUAAUGAAUGCAUUUACAGGAACGAUGAUGAUAGAACUACUGGAGAGGGUUUCUGAAUUGGAAAACUGGAAGGAUGGGAAAGGGCUUAUCAUCCGUGGUGCAGGAAAUACUUUUUGCUCAGGAUCUGAUCUGAAUGCAGUCAGGGAAUUGUCCAGCCCGCAGGAUGGGAUGAACAUGUGUAUGUUCAUGCAAAAUACCUUAACCAGACUCAUGAGGUUGCCUCUAAUUACAGUUGCGUUAGUUCAAGGGAAGGCUCUGGGAGGAGGAGCAGAACUGACCACUGCAUGUGACUUCAGGUUAAUGAUCCCAGAGAGUGAAAUUAGAUUUGUCCACAAGCAGAUGGGCUUAGUACCAGGCUGGGGGGGAGCUGCCAGGCUCAUACAAAUACUUGGCAGCAGCCCUGCCCUCAAGUUGCUGAGUGGUGCUGUGAAACUGGACCCAGAGAGUGCCUUUCGUAUUGGCCUGGCAGAAGCCAUCUUGCCCUCGUCGGAUGAACGUGAAUCUCUAGAGGAAGCACACACGUGGCUCAAGCCAUACACAAAGGGGCCGGCUGAAGUAAUUCAGGCUGUGAAGAAAGUCGUUUCAGCAGGAAGAGAGCUACAGUUAGACGUUGCCUUGAGGACAGAAAAGGAAAUAUUUGGAACUGUUUGGGGUGGGCCUGCCAAUUUGCAGGCUUUGGCUCAGAGAACAAAACAUAAAUAACACAUCAAAGAAAUGUUUUUUUAUCUUUCUUUUGAAAAUGAAGUGGAAUUUGUGGGAAACUGUUUCAAAGUUUUAUCAAUUCAGCAGGCAUUAACAUUCCGGAGCACUUGAUUAUAAGGUUUUCUAUUUUUAUCAUAGCUAAAAUGGACAUUAAGGGUGUUAAAUCAAUUUUAUCAUCACAUGACCUGAGACAACUGUGAGAAAUUGUCCCUUCAGAUGGACUCGGCUGAUGAGGAUGACAUUUCCAACUCCAGGCUCUUGGAGAUUAUCAUGAACAAGUUUUGAUAACCUAAAGGCCAGAGCUUUUAUAACCCAGCAUACUAGGUUAAAACCAAAUAAGAAAAAUGGUUCUUGAAUUGCAUGUAGGUGGUUCUCAGUGAGCUGGUUCUAUAAAUGUACAGCCCCAAAGCUCCUGCCUUUAGGUUAUUAAACUUCAUCAAACUUAUUUUUGAUGGUCUCCAAGCUAAGAUAUUGGAGACACUCAAUAUCAAGUGAACCCAUCAGCAAGAAAGCUCCUUCAUCCUAGGUAUUUAUGGAGAUAAAAUUCUUGUUAAAUUUGAAAGGGAUGUUCACACCACCGUCUGCUAUGUCUGUGAAAAUGUCAUCAGUGAUGGCCUCAAAGGUAUAUCCCAAGUUUAACAAGUCUGAUAAUCUCUCUACUAUAAAGAUGCAAUUCUAUACAAAUUUACUUGUGAGUAGGUGCCAAUUAUCUCAGUUGAUGUGACCUGCUCCAGCUGUGUGAGAACAUCUCCAGGGUGACUUGCAGAAUAUCGUAUACAUACAGCUUCUACCUGCAAUAUACAGCUAACAGCUGGAACAUAAAUAUUUUUGCACUCUUCUGUGAUUGAGCUCUUAAACUGAUGAUUACUUUUUUUGUUAUCAAAA